AGACAAAUGUCAAAGUUGUGUACGGCUGAAUUUGUGUUCGAUGUCAGUUUAGCAUUAGCUACCACCGGCCUUCUCCAGCUACCCAAGUUGGAGGACAGACUGUAACUAGUCGCAGCAACAGCCUCCUCUUGGAAACAGCCUCGGUUACAGUCAACAACAAAUCCAACACUUCUGCUGGGUAAUUUGAGGCCAACACAACGCAGGAACCACCGCGCUUCUUUUUGGACGAGACGAGAUGCGUAAUUACGCACGGCACUGAGGUGGAGAUUCCAUGUUUUUUGGCCACAAAUUCCAGUGAAGUUACCAGUCUGCUGUGAAGCCAAGAAAGGGCAGGAUGGGAUGCUCCACAAGUUCCCAAACCUCUACAGUAGACUCCACCAGACCUGGAGCUAAACCAGAGGAGAGCAACGGGACCAGCACCACAGGUGCAGCCAAUGGCAACAUAGCAGAAGACAGUGAAACCCUUCCAGACCAAACGCCCGCAGAUGCCUCCGACGUCAAGGCUGAAGGUGAAGACACUGCAGUUGAGACAAUCGUAUCAGAAGCACCAGCAGCACCAUCAGCAGCAUCAGCACCAGCAUCACCAGCAGCAGCACCAGCAGCAGCACCAGCAGCACAGGAGGAGCUGCAGCUGACGGACGCUGAAGCUCCACCUGCAGAUGUGCCUGAGGCGGCGAGCCCAUCUGAGCCUGCAGAUGCAGAUCCACCAGCCAGUCGGGUAGAAGCUGCUGAUCCACCGCAGCCCGCAGAGGAGGCGCCAGCUGCAAGUGAUUGACAGCACACAUCAGCGCACGUUUGGAUGUACGAUACUUUUAUGUUGCCAAGAUGCACAAGACUGCACACACACCAAACACCUUCCUACCUUCACCACAGCACUUAAUCGUCCUUCGCAGAGCACUCUUACUUUAUUAUCAUCUGCGGGAAAGUCAAAGCCAAAAACGUGAUGAGAAUUCAAAAUUAAUAUUGUGUGGCAUCAUCAGAAUAAUAUGAAAAGUGUAUUUGUGUACACACCAUUAAGAUGGGGAGUUGCUGUAGCUUGCUAGCUAGCGGCUGUCUUGAGUUUCUAUUGCAUAGUCGUUGUGAAAUCCGGUGUAAACAAUGAUGAAAAGGAGUUUAAUGGUGACUAUGUGGGUGUUAAAAACAUAUUUAGGUUUUCAUGCUCCAACUAUGAAAGUAUUCCAUUCAUUAACAUUGACGACUGUAUUUAUGAAAUUCAUUUAUCGGGUCUGGAACCAGUUGACUGCAAUAGACGAGGGACGACUGUGUUCCUUAUUAUCCAAUUUAAGUGAAUAGGCCCAGGUCAAAAGACAUUGGCGUUAACGUCUGUGGCUGUAGGCAACCCCAUGAUAUAUUUUUUUAGUAACACCACAAUCCGUUUUAGAUCUUUGCAAAAUGAAAACAUUAUGAACUAUUGAAAAGAUCAUAAUGACUUCCCAUUAAUUGUCUCCAUUUCACAGAUUUUGCAGUUAAUUUUCCCAUAAAGUUUCCUCAGCUGUCCAUGAGCACAAAUGACAAAGUCUGUUGUGUGUGUGUGUGUGUGUGUGUGUGAUGAUAAU